AUGUGUUUGCAUAUUUUUUCUUACACAAUUUAUGAUCACUUUCUCAUUCUAGUGGUGCCAGAACUCAUAGACGAGCUCCACUACGUGAAGGUCUUCUCCAAACUUGAUUUAAAAGCAGGGUGUCACCAAAUUCACAUUAAGGCAAAGGACGUCCUGAAAAUGAUGUUCCGCACUCACGAAGGACAUUACGAGUUUCUCGUAAUGUCCUUUGAGCUCACCAACAUUUCCACCACCUUUCAAGCACUGAUGAACUUAAUUUUCUUUGUUGAUAUUCUAAUCUACAGCCAAGGUCCUGAGAAGCACGAAGGCCAUUUGAGUUCAGUAUUAAAAAUUCUGGACCAACAUUAGCAAUGAAUUCAUCUGAAGAAGUGCUUCUUUGAGCAACAUCAGAUUGCCUACCUCGGGCAUUGGAUUUCUGUUUUAGGGGUCGAGAUGGACCCGGGGAAGAUCCAAGCCAUGUAG